AUUGCUACUGACUGUUUCCCCCUAAACAUAAUAAAAACCAUGAUGGAGACCAGUUUGCAAUUUCGAGGGCAUAGAUAACAUACGGUACUCCCUUGGGUUUCAAAUAUAUCCAUUUUUGAUUACAGGCGUGUUUACAUAACGUCGCUGUAUGCCAUCAGCUUUCGAUAAAAGCAUCCUAGUGCAACCGGUUGACGCGGUUAAGUUUUCAUUUCUAACUCACUGUAGAGACAGAUUACUUUGUCCAGCCUACUGUCUUAUCUUGGCCUCUAUCUAGUUUAUGAUGACACAGCAUUUACCCAUAAAUCAGCUGCUCGUGCCAGUGUCAUAUUGAGUUUCGAUUCCAAAGUUUGUAAACAGAAACCCGGUAGCGGUGUAUAAAGAGACAAACGUCACAUACUCCAGCAGCUACGAGAUCAGAUGCGCACAUUACUUUGCAGGAAUUUUUAGCUAUCCAUCAUGUUGCUAACAACUCAGUUCGCGUUCGUUAAGAUGCGUUUGAUGCUUUGCAUCAGCAGCAUCCAUGGCAUUUUCGCCAGUAUCUUGAAGAAGGUGUGUUUUUGGGUGGACAAGCACGAACAAGAGUCGUUUAGAACAGGCGAAAGUCUAAUUGAAAGUGAGAAAAAUCAUGCAGAAAAGACACCCAAAGAAGAUGUCACAACGCCAACAAGUGUCAAUUAUCACUUUACAAGAAAAUGUAAUUACAAGUGCGGCUUCUGCUUUCAUACGGCGAAAACAUCAUUUGUCAUGCCAAUUGAGGAGGCAAAGAGGGGACUGCAACUUCUAAAGGAAGCAGGACUGGAAAAAAUUAACUUUUCUGGCGGAGAGCCUUUCUUGCCUGAAAGAGGGGACUUUUUGGGUGAGAUGGUGCGGUACUGCAAAGAGGAGCUUCAACUUCCCAGUGUCAGCAUUGUGAGCAACGGAAGCAUGAUCAAGGAAAGAUGGUUCAAGAAAUAUGGAGAGUACCUGGACAUUCUUGCCAUCUCCUGUGACAGCUUUGAUGAAGCCACCAACCAAGCCAUUGGUCGUACCCAGGGCCAGAAAAGCCACAUUGAUAACCUGUACAAAAUACGGGGGUGGUGUCAAGACUACAAGGUGGCUUUCAAACUCAAUUCGGUGAUCAACACUUUUAACAUUGAUGAGGAUAUGACUGAAAACAUCACCCAGCUCAACCCUGUUCGCUGGAAGGUGUUUCAGUGCUUGCUGAUUGACGGGGAAAAUGCAGGAGAGAACAGCCUUCGAGAAGCAGAGCGAUUUGUUAUCAGUGAAGAACAAUUUCAGGACUUCCUUGAGCGUCACAGCAGCAUUAGCUGCCUGGUUCCAGAAUCCAAUGAAAAGAUGCGAGAUUCCUACCUGAUUCUGGAUGAAUACAUGCGUUUCCUAGAUUGUCGAGAAGGACGGAAAGAUCCUUCUAAGUCUAUCCUGGAUGUGGGAGUUCAAGAGGCUAUCCAGUUCAGUGGAUUUGAUGAGAAGAUGUUCCUGAAGAGGGGCGGGAAAUAUGUGUGGACCAAAGCUGAUAUGCAUCUCGAGUGGUGACUCAUGUUACCAAGAAACCUAUAGUCUUUUGUUACGUGUGUGGUGUUUGUGUUAUGUUACUAUGGUUCGCAUUAAACAGUUUUUCUUUAAAAUGAUGUAUUGUUCUAUUAAUGUGUACUUUUCUGUAAAUACAUAGUAUAUGUAAUUUAUUUUUCCAAUUCACUUAAUUUAUCAGAUGAGUAAUUAUAAAGACUGUUUUCAUGUUACCAUGCAUAUAACCGUGUUAUUAUAGUGUAAAUGUAUCAUUUUGUGUUUGUUAAAGGGCAUAAAUGUAAAGCUGAUGUGUGAACCUUUUUGACAGCCUAAAUAAAAACAAAUAAAUGACA